AUGACUGCAUCCACCACAAAAACCGCCACUGUAGUGUCGGCAUCGAACCAACACGACCACAUCAUCGGCCAUUGCCGGGCACAACGGCACACACUCUACUCGUGCAGCGAAAGCUGUAUCCCUGUACAGCUAAAGUCGAGCCAGAAGCCCACCGCAAUUCCACAACUAAGUGAGGAUACAUGGACGGAUAGUCAAGAGGAGCUCGAGCGCUGGGGCAUGGAAGCCACCGAAAUGACGAAACCCGAGUCCAGUCAAACUGCAACACCAAAUGAUACACAUGGAGGAGGUUUGAAAUAUGAGGAGGUAGCGAGGUUCUGGCAAUAG